AUGUCCGCUCAAGGACUGUUAAGCAGUGUUUUCUCAUGCUCGCUAAGCCCUAAAAGUAUUUCCAAGCGGAGACUGAGGCAGACCAGGAGUUUAGACUCCGCGCUGACGCGACACUAUGGGACCGAAGCUGAGGAGACAUCGUAUAAGGGUGACUAUACCUGGAACAGUGCGCUGGGACACAGCGUUUGCCUCAAGCCCGUCCCUCUUCAGAGCCUCUCGGAGUUGGAGAGGGUUCGUCUCCAGGACGUUGCCUUCAGGCGGCUGCUUCAGUGCCAUGACCUGCGCUGCCACAUCACCAUCCCUAAAUACGGCCGCAAGCACAAGAAGUCUCUCCGGAGUAAGUUUGAUUCGUUGUCGAAAGAAAAGAGUAAAGACAAAGAGACCACGCCACAGGCGUUUGGCAUACCGCUGUCACAUGUCAUAUCCAACGACCGCAUACACAAGCUGCGACAUGAUCCCCCGCGGGAAGAGCACAGUAACCCCACUGAAUUGAUGCUAUCCUUCCUUCACCUGUCCUCAAGCCUCAGAAGGGCCAAUAAAGAGCUGUCCAGCAGCAACUCUUCGCUCAGCUCCACCUCUGAGACGCCUAAUGAAUCCAGUCUGCCCAGCACGCCAGACAUUGCUGCAGCAACACGCAGGAGGGGAGGAGUGUCGGUGGACUGCAUCACAGACCUUGACGAUAACCAGUCUCGGCUACUGGAGGCCCUGCAGCUCUCUCUGCCAGAGGAGGCAGCCGGAAACAGGAAGAAACGACGUGACAAAAAGCUCAGCCUCAACCCUAUUUACAGACAGGUGCCGAGGGUAGUGGAUCUCUGCUGUCAGCACCUGGAAAAACACGGCUUGCAGACAGUUGGAAUUUUUCGUGUCGGGAGUUCCAAGAAGAGAGUACGACAGCUGCGGGAGGAGUUUGAUCAGGGGCUGGAGGUGCGCAUGGACGAGGAGCACAGCGUCCAUGAUGUGGCCGCUUUGCUCAAAGAGUUCCUCAGAGACAUGCCAGACCCACUCCUGACCAGAGAGCUCUACACGGCCUUCAUCAAUACGAUCUUGCUGGACUAUUCAAGCCUACAGAGCGCCAUCCAGCUCUUGAUAUUUCUGCUUCCUCCGUGCAACAGCGACACGCUGCAGCGCCUCCUCUGCUUGUUGUCCACCGUGUCCAUGCAUGCUGACGACAGUCUGGACAGUGUGGGCAAGGAGAUUACAGGAAACAAAAUGACGUCGCUCAACUUGGCCACCAUCUUUGGUCCCAACCUUCUACACAAGCAAAAGAACUCAGACAAAGAGUUUGCCGUUCAGAGUUUUGCCCGUGCAGAGGAGAGUGCGGCCAUUAUCAGCGUGGUCCAAAGCAUGAUUGAUUCAUAUGACAUGCUAUUCAUGGUACCUGCUGACCUGCAGAAUGAGGUUCUCAUGAGUUUGCUUGAAACUGAUCCGGAUGUUGUGGAUUAUUUGCUGCGGAGGAAGGCAUCUCAGUGCACGGAGCAAAGCCUUCUCAGAGCAGAGGACUCAUUCUCACUUACUGAGCAGCGCUUGUCGAACGACUCCCUGAAAGCUUCCAGUGGAGAGGUGUCUCCUUAUGACAAUAACUCCCCUGUGCUGUCCGAUCACCUGCUGAGCAGAUACCCAGAAUUCAGCGACCCGGUCUCAGACGGGUGUUCCAAGCACGCCAGACAGUGCACACUUAGCGGAGACUCAAAAGAUCAAUCAGGCAGCACUUCUCCAACCCUCUCCACUGAUAAAGAGCCCUCAGAUGACUGUUUUUGGGAUACCUGGCAUGAACUUUUCGGGAAAGAUUUUAUUGGUCACCACAUUACUGGCUCUCUUGGAGACGCAUCCGAGUGUGACUCCUACGGAUCAUCAGAUGGGCUGAGCAGUCACCAAGGCAACAACAAGCUGCCCGUCAGACCACCACAAACAUCAUUGGGUGUUUUGGAUUGCAGGCCACACCUCCCGGUGAAUCGCAGCAGCAGUGGUCCUCAUGACCAGAGAGAGCAGAGACAGCCAGAAUCCUCAUUGCAUCAGAGCGGCCAAUCAGCAGCCAUGAGCUCAGACAACCUAGCACGAAGGACAGGACGCCCUGCAUGUCCAUUACUUACAGACAGGACGGAUAAUGUGUCUCCCCCUCAGUGCUCUGGACGUCGAAGGGAAACUUCUCUGUCUUACUCCACACCGUCCAUUUUACCUCGUCAGUCUGAUUCCCCACGACUCCCCCAGCAAAGCUCUGCCCCUCAGACUGCAGACACUACAAACGCCUCGGGGCCUCGUGAUAAAAAGGGCACUGAUCCCUCAAACUGGCAGGCAGAGAGUUGGCAUGUAUGGCAGAUGGCGUCAAAAGAAAACCCCGAAGCCGUGCCGGAAACCUUAGUGUGACGCAUCCUUCACCUAGUUUCAGAAAAAGGGGGCCAUCUGAUCUGCUGUCUGUAAUGAAUGUUUUGUGUCUCAUAAGGAAAUUUUACAACACUGAAGGUGCCAAACUGUUUUAUUUUAGUCAUGAUUUUCUAUGUUGUAUUUUUGGGCUCAUUUAAAAGAAUAUCGUGUAAAAUAAUUAAAUAUAGACAAAUGGUUUUCAAGUAACCAUCAGAAACGUAUAAUCCGACAUGAAUGUCAGAAUUAAAACUUGAAUGUUUUUUAUGGUGAAUGUAAAGACACAAUUCUUUAUUUUAUAAUAUAGCAUUAACUGUACAUUCAUCUUACGUAUAAAAACUAUUUUAAACAACUUUAUUAAAAGUGCACUAGCAAAAAUGUUACCAUCUGUUAAGUUUCAUAAUAAUUUCUUCUCAAAGAAGUUUUAACCUGGCAUUUAUGUCUUGAAAAAAAGAAUAAUUGUACCAGGUAGACUGUUACAUUUCAGCACUUAUUUUCUUCUUCAGACACUAUAACCUUUUCUGUUCAAUUCACAUUGAUAAUGCUC